AUGAAAAAAAGUGUUAUGGUGACAUUACUUGUGGGUGCGGUUUUGAUCUUAAUCAUCUCUACGGCCGUAUCAUUGUCCCUGCUGCCUCGAACUACAUCAAAUGCCGACCCCGAUAGAUGCGAACUGGUUGUGAUUGCUCAUCGGGGGGCAAGCGGCUACGUGCCGGAGCACACCCUGGGCGCUUACGCACUCUCCAUCACUAUGGGGGCUGACUUCGUGGAGCCGGAUCUCGUGAUGAGUCGUGACGGACAUUUGAUCGCGCGACACGAAAACGAGCUUAGCCUAACGACAGACGUGUCCGAGCGUCCCGAGUUCGCAAACCGUUACAGAACGCAAACAAUAUAUGGGCGUGCAGUCAGCGGCUGGUUUUCCGAGGACUUCACCCUAGCCGAACUGAAGACCUUACGAGCAGUAGAGCGCAUACCGAGGGCGAGGCCGGGCAACGCGCGUAUGGACGGUGCUUUCGACAUCCCGACGUUCCAGGAAAUAAUUGACCUGGUCAAAGCCAUGGAGAGAAGCGAGCGGCGCACUAUCGGUAUCUAUCCAGAAAUCAAAUACUCCACACACUUUCGGAAUAUUGACCUUGGUAUGGAACGGCCGCUAGUCGAUAUGUUCCAUAACAACGGGUACAUUGGCUCCUCUUCUGCGGCUUAUAUCCAAUCAUUCGAAAUAAACAACUUGAAGGAACUCAAUAGGAUGACUAACAUUCGUUUAAUACAACUGUACGGUGGCAACCCUAUGAAUCAACCCUACGACCAAUUUGUCUCGGGCACUGGCUUAACCUACGCGGAUAUGGCCACACCUGACGGACUUAAGGAGGUCGCAACCUACGCUCAAGCUGUUGGACCUGAAAAGGAUUAUAUUAUCCCUCGGAAAGCGGACAACACUUUAGGCGAGGCCACUAAAUUCGUGCAGGACGCUCAUGCGGCAGGCCUGGCGGUACACCCGUACACUUUCCGUGCGGAGAACUCAUUCUUGCCAGCUGAAUUCCGGAGCGAGGACCCAUCAGAAUCGGCCAUUGGAGACUUCAGGGGCGAGUUGGAGGUUUUCAUUGCUACAGGCAUUGAUGGAUUGUUUGCAGACCAGCCGGACGUACCUAUACAAGUGAGGGGCACGUUGAUCUGGUGUUACCAACGAGGCGUAACGCGCCUCACUGAUACAAAACAACCUAAACAUGGGAACGACGCCUGCAGUGUGGCUUCUUUUAGCCGCAGCAGGAUGCUUCUGCUUAGUCUCAACUGCACCAUCCUCAAUACCAGCUGCGGACCCGUUGCGAAACGCGGACAGAUG